ACUCCAAAUCGCUACGCCGUUCUACGCGAUAUCUUCAAUAAUCAUUAUCAACCACAACGCCGGAAUGCGGAAACAGGAGAAGACUUAUCAAUGUCCUUGUUGGCUCGAUUAGCACAGCUUUUUGCAGUGAAAGCUAAAACCAGUAAGUAUGCCAUGAAUCACCUAUGCACCAAUAUUCCUGUCUUUCUCAAGCGUGUAUGGGUCGCAUAUCUGAGUCAUCUGCGCCAUGAACAUAACCUUACCUUUCGAAUCAGCAUCUCUAGCAUGGCAAAACAAAUCUGUAAUUUGAUCACAACGCACAGAACUCAUUUGACUCAGCGUUUAAUUGAACGAAUUCCAGCAGCAAUCUUUACUGAGCCAACACACUGCACGAUUCGAACAAGCAUAUGCCGGCGUGAAUAUCGCACGCAUAGUACAGCGACCGUCCAUAUCUGGCCCUGCAAUGCUAGUGAAUUCGCUAUCCUUUUAUAUCUGGCUGUCACUUGAAGCCCAGCCUUUCCAAUUCUGUCCCAAGUGGACUCCACUGCCACUUG